AAAACGGAUGAGGGCAUUUAUUGAGCCGAGUCGGUUCGAAACACCAGCUUUUGGCUUUAGCCAACACAAGACAGUUGAGUACGAAUUGUAUUGAAGUGAUUCAGGGUUUAGGGUUUUUAAAUGCGCCAUCACUGUCAGAAGAAUCAACAUUGUAGAAUCUCCGAUGCAUAACACAUAACAAAAUCAAUCAAGCCGAUUGCAAAAGUUCCGUUUCUCCAAGAAUCAAUAAUGGAUAGUAUGACCGCAGAUAAGGCAUUGAAUCCUCUCCCCGUAAAUCCCUGUUGUGCUGAGUGGAAUAUAAAGUGUUCGAAGCUUCUAAAGUCACGGAAUGCUUUACGAGAAGCUGUGAAGAUAAUUGAACGGAGUUAUGACGACGUCAAAUCUCAGAACGAUAACCUCAAUAAAUUAUACCAGGAAGAAUUAGCUAGGGCAAAAAUUGAAAAAGAGGAAAAGCUGAAAGAGUUCAAUGCUAAGGUUUCUUUAGAGAAUGAAGUUUCUGCCUUAAAAUCUGAGAUCACUGCAUUGCAGCAGAAAUGUGACAUAAGUGCUCAGGAAGAAAAUGGGGAUGUGAAAGCUUUGCAAGCUGAUAUAUCUGAUAAGGAAAAGGAAAUUGAUAGAUUGAAGAAACUUGUGGAGAAAGAAAAGAAAAGGGCCGAUUCUGAGAGGAAGGUUGCUGAGAAUGAGAAAAAGAAGGCAGAAAAUGGGGAUGUGAAAGCUUUGCAAGCCGAUGUAUCUGAUAAGGAAAAGGAAAUUGAUAGAUUGAAGAAACUUGUGGAGAAAGAAAGGAAAAGGGCUGAUUCUGCGAGGGAGGUUGCUGAGAAUGAGAAAAAGAAGGAAGAAAAUGGGGUUGUGACAGCUUUGCAAGCCGAUAUAUCUGAUAAGGAAAAGGAAAUUGAUAGAUUGAAGAAGCUUGUGGAGAAAGAAAAGAAAAGGGCUGAUUCUGAGAGAAGGGUUGCUGAUAAUGAGAAAAAGAAGGAAGACAACGGGGAUGUGAAAACUUUGCAAGCCGAUAUAUCUGAUAAGGUAAAGGAAAUUGAUAGAUUGAAGAAACUUGUUGAGAAAGAAAAGAAAAGGGCUGAUUCUGAGAGGAAGGUUGCUGAGAAUGAGAAAAAGAAGGCUGCUGAAGCUUAUAAAUUGUUGGAAGCAGAGAAGAAAAUAUCUGUUGAUAAGGGGAUGCAGCUUUCCAAAAUCGAGGCAGAGAAGGCCGAGGAGUAUAGGGUGCAGCGAGUUCAUUUGGAGAAAGAAGUUACUGACACAAAAAUGAAGUUGGCUUCUGAAUUGUCGAAGUUUAAAGAGGCAAGCAAAAGAGUUGAAGCUGAAAAACAGAAGCUCUUAGUGGAAAAAAGGAAUGCUGAGUCAAAGAUGAAAAAAGCUCAAGAGCAGGUAGAGGUUGAAAAACAGAAGACUGCUAGGGAAAAUCGGCGUGCAGAUGAGGAGCAUGUUAAAGUAGAGGAGCAGAAGAAGCUUGCUGAAGAUAACAGGAAAAGCGUCAUGGAAGCAAAACGUCUUGCUGAUCAGAUGUCUCAGGAGUUAGUAGAGGAUAAAAAGACAAUUGAGAAUUUGAAGCAGAAGAUACACGAACUUUCAUCUCUAAGAAAACCCAAUGAAAUAUCUGGUGUGUCUCCUGAUGCCCUUGUGAAUGCUGAAAGUGAUAAAAUACAGCUUUUGAAAAGCAAUUUAAAGCUUGCAAAAUUACGUGCAAAGCAUGCAAGGGAGAAGUUAAAACAUGAAAGGAAGAAGUUUGAGCAUGAAAGGAUGAAGUUUAAAUAUGAAGAAAGUUGUCGCAGCAUUUUACAGCAUGAAUUGAACCGUUUAAAGCUUGAUUUUAUUCAAAAUUACAAUCACCUUACUAUGCUUGAUGCAUCAUUUUCACCUGUCACCGGAAGUAUACAUGGUCUAACAAAGUCUCAGAAUAUGCCAAGCAUGCAAAAAUCUGAUGUCAUGACUCAACUCGGCAAUCUAGGUAUGCCUCAAAUGCACUGUGUUGAAAAUGAACUUACGAAGCCUUGCAGCAUAAGGUUUGGUGCAUGUGAUUCUUUACAGAAAAGCAUGCAGAAUACUCCACUUGCUAUAUCUGAAGGGAAUUAUACUAAACCCAUCACAGGUAUUGGUUCUAAAUUAGAGCCUCUAAUUGGAGGCUCAAACAGAACAAUGAUACAGAGUUAUGCAGUAAAUUCUAGUACAGAGUCUUUUUCUGAUGCACACUUGAUGGGCUCACAGGAAAGGGGUGCUUUGCAAGUUACUGCAUCAACAAAAUCAGGUGAGGAGAACUUCAAUGCAAGAGCAGGCACGUUGAACCCAUCUGACAGUUCAGUUAUUGGUCAUGAUGGAAUAAGGAAUAGAAUUUCUGAUACAAUUGAAUGUGUUGCAAAUUUGUCUUCUGAGGGUAAGAAAUUAAACAUGCAACUAGAAGAUAGGCUCUCUGAUUUAUGUGGUUUAUUGUACGAUAAAAUGAAUGAAUCUGUUGAAGGAGGGAGGGAGAUGGUUACUGAUCAAAGGGAAAAUCUACAGGCAGAGAGUGCCAGGGCCCACAAGAAGAGAAAGAUAUCUCAUAAGAAACAAGCAGGUACUUGUGUGGAUGAGAAAAAGGAAACGCAAGAGCCAAAAGCUGGAGUCUACGAGGAUGCAGAUGGCUUCAAACAAACUACUUGUCCUGCAUUGUAUACUCAAACUACUCAGGUAUGCAGGGAGAGGAUAUUUGAUGCCUCAAAAAAUUUUGAUGUAUAUAAUGGAAAUCUUAUGAAUUUGUUACACUUAGAAAGUGUUGAUGAGGAAUGCUAUUCGAGAGCAGCGAAUGAACUCGCGUCGCCACUAUCUUCUACUCAUGAGAUUGAAACAUUUGCUUUGGAUAAUAUGGAGCAAAUAGAUUUAUCUCCUGUAACCAGAUGCGAUGUCGUUGAUGUUGAUAUAAUUUCCAAUGUUCAAAAAUUGAAUGCAUUUACAGUUCCUUGUAAUGCACAUAAGUCAACACAGGCUAUACAAACUGAUGUAAAAUUACAGGACAUUAAUUCUUUGGAAUAUUUAAGGGAUACAUUUCUUGUGGAGACUGGAACUGGAUCUUUACACAAUCAACUUCCUAAUUUUGGUCUGGUCGUAUCAGAUAGGGAGGACAAUAGUAGCAUAUCUAGGACACUAUUUGCUACAAGAAAUUGUAUCGCACGGUGCAGUUUGAAUACUCAAACAGAGUGGGCAGUUGCUAGCAUUCUGACUGCAGUUGAAAUGGAAGAAAUAUCCUUACCAAAUGAGAAGCGUUCUGUGUUGUUAACACUUUUGGUGUUCAACUUUACCAUGACUACAAUGAAAUUUGGGGGUGGCAACUUAAUCCAUUGCUUGAACUCUUAUGCCAAACACAUCCGUAGAGUUAUGAUGGAUGCAGACACAAGAAUCUUGCUAUUAGAAAAAUUUUCGUUGCUUGAGCUGCUCCGCCUCAUUGAAGAUUUUCUUAUAGAAGGAAAAGUUAUGUUAAAAAAUAUCGUACCUACUGAGACCUUGUCUGAUAGUGAUUUGAGAAAUGAUAGUAUUCUGGAUGAUGUUGAUACAUUUUGUUCUGAACACGCUACAAGUGAGCAGUUGGUAGCGGCGAGUGUUAUACUAGCUUCAUUAUGUGUUGCAACCGAUUAUAUUGGAUUUAUUUCUGAGGCGUCGUAUAAUAUUCUUAGAUUGUGCAGACAUGAUUCUCUUAUGGUGAUAACCAUUCUUCACAUUUUUGCUAAUCUGGGUGGAACAAAGUAUUUUGACUCGGGCAGUUAUGGCUUAAUGGUGACUGUCUUGAAAUCUCUCGUAAUGUUUCUUGAGGAAGAGAGUAUGUCUGUUGCUACUGCUUCUUUUCUUCCAUCAAUAAAUCAGCUGCAUACUGAAAUAUGUACUAACGGUAAAUGCCCUUUCUCAGAAGGUUCUGAGUCCAUUGAUGUUGUUACAUUGUUGCUCUUAGAAAAGAUCAAGAAGCAUUUAUUUCAGCAAGCAGAACCAUUUGACUCAGACAGUUAUAGUAACGGACAGUGGUCUAAUCAAGAAGUGGUUCCCUGUACCAAUAGCAUAAAUUGUGAUGUGCCGUGCUGUUUGAAAAAACAUGUGGCUUGUCCUACUCAACCAGAUGUUCUUAUCGAUGUUACCUUAUGUCAACUUAGUGACAUUCUCUCAUUGCUGGAGCUUGUUGCGAAUAAAAUGAGAUGGCAAUGGACCAACACCAAACUCGUUCCUCAGCUGCUUCAUAUACUGGACUCUUGUGCAGUGGAAAAUGCUGUGGUUGCUAUCAUUGUUCUUCUUGGCCAGCUUGGAAGACUUGGAGUUGACGCUGGUGGAUAUGAAGACCAAGGAGUUGAGAACUUGAGAUGUAAAUUAUUGUCAUAUCUAUGCAAUUCUUCCGUGAAAGCAGGCCAAUCUCUUCAAAUUGCCACUGCCACUGCCACUGCUCUGUUUGGUCUUCUUCCUCUUGAUUUAGAAGCACUUUUGCUGACUGAACGUAGUCUUCCAGCAUAUUCUAGUAAAUCUAUUUCUGAUGACGCUGGAAAUUUAAGGAAGUGGUUUUCUGGGCUAGGGGAACAUCAACGGGAUUUGCUAUGUGGCAUUUUGAGAUGCACCGAUUAAUUGAUGUGAGUUUUUUUUUUUCCAUUCUUUCAUUGAAGUUACUUGUUGAAAAGCUGUGCAGAUUAUGGUAAAUUAGGUGGUUGAGAGCUUUCAGACAUGGGCUGCUGUUGCUCUGAAAUUUUGUACACCAAAUUUUGGGGAUAAUUUUUUGUUUCCAUAUUUAUUGGUUGACAAGUUAGUUUGAUCUAUGUAUGCACAUUUGUAAUUUAAAUAUCAAUUUAGUAUCCAAAAUGGCGUUCAUUAUCAAAACACUAUAUUGCCAUUUUACUUGAUACUUAUAACUUGCUUUC